AUGGCGCCUCUCUCAGCCUCCGACAUCCCCUCCCUCUCCCUCCUCUACAAACUGUGCAAACUGUCGUCAGCACCCGCAGGCACCCCGCUCCCGAAAACCCUCCUGGGCCCCAACGGCACCACCCUGCCCUCCCCCUCCAAAUCCCUCAACGACCGCGUGGGCCUCUUCCGCGGCGACAUCACGACCCUCCCGGUGGACGCCAUCGUCAACGCAGCCAACCGCUCCCUCCUGGGCGGCGGCGGCGUCGACGGCGCAAUCCACCGGGCCGCGGGUAGGCGCUUGUACGAAGAAUGCCGCACGCUUGGCGGCUGCCCGACGGGCUCGGCCAAGAUGACCGACGCCUACGACCUGCCGUGCCGCAAAGUCAUACACGCCGUCGGCCCCGUGUAUGACCCGCUCGACCACGACGAGUCGGAGCGGCUGCUGACGGGGUGCUACACGCGCAGCCUGGAACUGGCGGCUAGCGACGAGGGCGGGUGCCGCAGUGUCGCGUUCAGCGCCAUCAGCACCGGCGUUUACGGGUAUCCGAGCCGGGAAGCGGCGCCGGCGGCGCUGAGUGCGAUACGCAAGUUCUUGCAAGGGGCGAACGGGAGCAAGAUCGACAAGGUCGUCAUUGUCACCUUCGAGAUGAAGGAUGUAGAGGCGUAUAAUGAAUUCAUUCCGCUUUAUUUCCCUCCCGUCGCCGAGGCCGAGUCAACUGCCGAUCUAGAAGACGACCCACGCGGGCCGGAGGCCAAGUUUGAGGCCGAAGCCGAGGCGGUUGUCAUCGAGCUCCCCAGCGCUCCGACAUCUGACCCGUCCUGA